AUGCAAUCAAGUUUCUCGAAUUCCAUCGUAGUGAAAUCCAGCCAGACGCCAAUCGAGGAUGUAAUCCGCAACACUCCUUUGUUGCAUCAGUAAGUGCUUAAAACUAGAAGAUCUCUUGCAGACAAAACUGUUCCAGAUUACUUCUGGCAGCAUCGGACGGAAAAACCAAGGAGGAAAUUACUGAAUAUCAUAAGAGCAUUCACACUUCUUUUGAACACUCUAUCAAAUUCUGUGCGCAGAAAGACAGAAGUAAAAUACUCAUCUACACACUUGUGAAUAGGAGUAGGUUCACGAUGCUCGAUAAGACCUCUGAACGAGAGCAACGUUUCACUUUCAAAUGGAGUCCGGAGAUGAGAGCGGCGGCAGAGGGACACACUACUCAAUGGGGCAUUGACUGUUUUUUCAAUACGUGAGUCUGCAAAUCUUUGGAAAUUUUUUUUUUUUACAUUUUCCACAUUUUACAGAAACAUACAUAGAAGUUCUGUUUUUAGAGAAGGGCUGGGGAAAAAGCCGGCGCAAGCUUUACAAAGACCAACCGAACCCCGGACUUUUGGCCCAGUUGCAAUAAUCCGAUAGUUCCCGAACUUUGUGACUUGAUUUUUGGAAAAAUUGCGGUCUUUUCAGUCUCAAAGAAGUACUCCAAUUUGAGUCCAAGAGGGGCUGCAAAGUUUGGGUCAUAUCAUAUUGUUGCGAGUGUGUCAAAGGUCCAUGAUUCUGCUUCAAAAAGCCUAUGCAGACAUUAUUCAGAAAAACCGGAAGAAGACUUGCCAUCCACUCGGGUUUGAAUGUUCCAAUGAUAGCAAAAGUGCUCAUAACGUCAAUCGAAACAUUCCCCGGCUAUCUCAAGACGCUCGAAUUGUACAAGGACUGUGCUGAAUGGUUGAACCCCGUCAUCUUCCAUCCGGACUUGGAAAGAAGAUGUGAUACCCUUGUGUUCAAGGAUCCCAGCGACGAAAAUCAGGUCGAACGGCUGCUGAAGCAUUUCAACAUUAAAACAACGGUUGACUACAUUCGCGUGAGUUAAGAAAACCGAUCAUCUGUACUGUACCGGAGCAUUUCAGCCGUUCAAUGACGAAACACCGACUCAGCGAAAGAUAUUAGUCAUCGAUGCGCAGUUAGUUGACAUUUGUAACUUUCAGUGACGUAUUCUCAUUCAGAAAAUCGUUCAUCCAAGAUCUUCUGACACCACGUUAUUUGCACAAUCUCGAAUGCGGUGUCGCGGAAGGAAUUGAAGAAUUUCUUGAUACAAUUCCCGUGGAGAAGCAGUCAGUUCCGAAUUACUUGCAAUUUUUAUUUUUUACAUUACAGAUUCAUUCUUGCAUCCGUUUUCCCUUGCACAAAGCCCGUGAUCGCAAACUUCCACAAAAUGGGAUACUACAAGAUUACGCACGAUGUGGUGUUUUCUAUUGAAUACACUAACACCGGAAGAGAAAUAAAACAUUUCACGUUCUCCGUUCAGAAAAACUACAAAGACACGUUCUCCUGGACGUUCAAACAGACUGCUAGCCUCGAAAAUGCCAAGUCCUGGUGGUUGGGAGAUAUCGAGUUGCUUGGAAUGUGAGUGAGAAUUGAAUUCAAGUUAAGAUGUCAUACAAAUUAUUGAUCUUCAGCGAGAAAAUCGGAAACCAGUUCGUCCACGCGGAUUACAACAUCACAAUGAUCGAGAAAGUGCUCACAUUUUGCGCGGAUUUGUUUCCUGGAAAAUUUGGAAAAAUUGUGCUCAUUGAUGACACGUGCGGGUUUUUGAGACCUUAUUUUUCGCAUCACAACAUGUCGAGAAGAUGUGAAGAGCUUUCCGUCAUCGAUCCAUCCGACAAAAGGGAUUUCGCGUGGCUUGUCGGAAAGUUGAAGCCCAACAAUUUUAAACUGAAAACCAAUACAGAGAUUGAUCUGCGGAAGGUAAACGUUGAGAAGUUUGAAAAAUUUUUCAAAACAAUUUUUGCAGGUGGUGAAAGCAGAGAUGUGCCAGCUCUAUGGAGCCAAAUGGAUUACCACUGAGCACUUGGUGCUCGGAAAAUAUCGGAAACUUUUUGUAGUUUCUAAAAAAAUUGGUACGGACAACUUGAUCGAAUUUAUCGAAGAUUGGCAAGGGCGCACUAGCAGAAGAAUCCAAUGGUUCGGACUGAAAAACAAAUGUGUUGACUUCAAACAGUUAUGCUCUCAGCUUCAAUUCAAAGACAGAACCAGAACGUUGAGAUACGAGUGAGUAUAUCUAGUUUCAGUGAUCACAUAACACUUUUAUUGCUUUCCAGUCUAAAUUUGUCCGAGUUCAUCGAUGGAUUCGCUGACAGAACGCUCUACUCUGAUGAUGCAAUGGAAUUUAUUCGCGAUGACGGCGUUCCGGCGGUUUUGGUCAAGACUCAAGAUGUUAUUUGGUUUAUCGUUCAGCCGGACAAGUCGUCCGCAAAGCGUUCGCAUGAGAGAUAUGAAGAUAUCGAAGACGAUUCAGAUGAAGAGCCAAUCAAGAGAAUGAGAUCGUGA